UGACUGAACAAAGCACCGAGUCAUCGUCGGUCGUCACCCCUUCCCGGCGGCACGGCACCCCUCUGCUUCCCGGCGAGGCGACUAUGAGCGGCGGCGGCGGCGGCAGUGGAGGGCUGAGCGGGCCGGACUCCCGUGUGGAGACCAUCUCCCGCCUGGCGCAGUGGCGCAUCGACACCUUCGGCCCCUGCUCCUACCGCCGCUCCGACCCCUUCAAGCUCGGCAUCUGGAAUUGGUACCUGUCGGUGGAGAAGAGCCGGUUCAUUUACGUGCGGCUCUUCCCGGAGCCCGGUCGGCUAGCCAAGGAGCAGUCACCACUCGCGCGCUUCGUGCUCCGUGCCUCCUGGGCCGGCCCGCCACGCCGCGCCAGCGUCUCCCCUGUGUUCGAGCACCUUCUCCGAAGCAGCGAUGACUUUGUGUGGCAAGUUGACAUGAUGUCCCAUGGGCGUUUUACAAUCGAUGUUGAGUUUCUGGACCUGAGGAUAGCCAAUGACAAUGCUACUGAAUCGUCAUCGUCGAUUUGGCUGAAUGAAGGCAUGGUGCAGAACAUUGCUAGUAAGAGCACUCUCAGAUGCCUUUCACGCAUGUUCACGGAGUCUAUCCAUGCUGACGUGACCAUCAACACAACGGAUGGUGCCCUCAAGGCCCACAGGGCUAUCCUCGCAACAUGUUCUCCCGUCUUUGAGAGCAUGUUCCUGCAUGAUCUUAAGGAAAAGGAAUCGUCCAUGAUCAACAUCAACGACAUGUGCCUCGAAUCUUGCUCGGCAUUGCUUGGUUUCAUCUACGGGACCAUAAAGCAAGACCAGUUCUGGAAGCACCGCCUCUCACUGCUUGCUGCAGCAAAUAAGUAUGGCAUCAGUGACAUCAAGGACUGCUGUGAGGAGAGCCUGUUGGAGGAUAUAAACUCUAGCAACGUCCUCGAGAGGCUUCACAUAGCGUGGCUGUAUCAGCUCGAGAACCUGAAGAAAGGGUGCCUUAGCUACUUGUUUGUGUUUGGGAAGGUGUACGACGUGAGAGAUGAGAUCCACAGCUUCUUCCACCAUGCCGAUCUUGAGCUGUUGCUGGAGAUGUUCCAAGAGGUCCUGAGUGUUUGGAAACCGAUGCAUUGUGCUUUCAAAGCGCCCCUUGUGAGUUGUACUUGUUUCAUAGUUAAAGCUUGUUAAGUUGCUAUGUGUAGAGGAAGCUGGUUAUGUAAAUAGUGUACAAAUUUGGAAAGUCUGCUAGAAUCUUAAGAGCAGUUAACUUAUCCAGCGUCAACUACUGAUGUCCAAAGCCUCCUUGUGCAGUUUGUAUGUGAUUUGCACUGUUACGGGCAGAUGCGUAUGUUUAUUUGGAGUCCACUUUGGUGUGCUA